CACUAGUAAAAAAAAUUGAGUAAAGUGAGCAAGUGUGUUUUUCCGUACAGAAAAUCUUCAAUAUUAAAAGUGAUUCAUAUUUUAUUUACUUAUCACUUAAUCAGCCCAAAGAGAAAGCGCGUUGUGUGAAAACCAAUUGGCGAUAAUAAUUAAUCAAAAAGCAAUCAAGUAAUCAAUACAUAAGUGAAACUACAAAACGUACAAAAGCAAAAUUAUCUAAUAUAUAAAUAUGUCUCGUUCAAUGGAUUCUGAACAUUUAUUUGAUUACUAAGUGUUGCAUUGUUGUUAUUUCCGGAUAUACAACGAUACAAAAAGAUUAGUGGAGUGGAGCAGAACAUCGAAAACGAAAGAAAAACAAAAUCGACGCGCUAUACGCAGAAUAUUUGACGCCAUUUUAUAUUUCUGCGUAUAUUCCUUAAUACGAAGGUCACACUUCACACAUCUAUACAUAAACGCACACCCAUUCAACCGUUUAUUCGUGUGUAUACACACACACACAAGGCCAACAAAAACAACUACAUACAAACGCAUAAUUUAAGUGUGUGGGUGCGUAUAAGUAAUCCAGAUACAAAGUUAUACAACAAAAAGAUAUAUUUGUGAAAACAAAGAAUUCUGACUGCAGCCAGUGCUCGUUGUUGCAGUUCAAACACUCAAAAAAGCAAAAGAACCCAAGAGAUCAAUUUAAAUUGUGCCAGCAAUUGUGUUAAAGUGUAAUGUUAGUAAAACAGUGCAGACUCCAGCAUAUUUACAACAUCAUCGAGAAGAGAGUCGCUGUCAAGAAGAGAAUCGCUGUUCAUCCGAGUACCAUGUUUAGAAAUUUCAAAGUCGUCCACACUAUUCCUUUCUGGGCCAUAUAUGGAGCAAGAGCUGUCCAAACGAGAAACAUUUUAGCGACGCCGCAAAUAUUGAUAAACAGCUGUUGUUGCGCUUAAGCUGCUGCCUUUUGUUUCGCUAUUGUUCGUUUUUGUCGAUCAAAAUUUGCUUAAAUCUUUGUGAAGCAUAAGCAUAUAGAAAAUUUACUCGAUCGUUUAUAAUACAUAUAACGAAAACGACGUCGUGUUCUCAAACGUUCGCCUGCAAUUCACAAUAUCUCAUCGCGAAAAAUAUAUACAUAUAUAUUGCCUAUAAGUGAGAUCCUGAAUCCCGGAAGCAGAGAACAAGUGGAAUUACAAGAUGAAGUUACUCGAGAGCUCGCGCUUCGAGGCCAUCAACAAUGCGAUUUCUAUUCAAACUGGUGGCGUCACAAUUUUCGGACGCAUCGAAAGCUACUCAUGCAAAAUGGUAGCUGCCGAGAAAGUCUUGUACAAGCGAUUCACGGCCGAGACCCAUGGCCAUGAUUUGCAGGCGUUAUCGCCGCCUCAAACGCUAUCGGACAUUUCGCCGAACUUUCAUCGCAACAACAGCCAGUCUGGUGAUGAAGGCGUCAUUCUGUGUGACACGAUCUCACGCAAAACUCUUUUCUACUUGAUUGCCACACUGAAUGCGUCUUUCGAGCCUGACUAUGAUUUCUCAGAUGCAAAGUCGCAUGAGUUUAGCAAGGAACCUUCCUUGCCUUGGGUUAUGAAUUCGGUUCACUCGAACCUGUCUGCUUUGGCUGGCGAUCAAUAUCAGGUUUUGCGCCAGCCAUUAUGGUCUGCUGUCGACGAUGAGGUUAACUUAUCGGAAUGCGACAUAUAUAGCUAUAAUCCGGAUCUUAGCUCGGAUCCAUUUGGCGAACCUGGUUGCCUCUGGUCCUUUAAUUAUUUCUUUUACAAUAAGAAGCUAAAACGCAUCGUUUUCUUCACCAGCCGAGCCGUAAACUCUCUUUAUGCUGGCGAAACAUCAGACUUUUCAAUGGAAGAAGACUUAUACUAAAUAUAUGAUUGAUUGUAGUCUCUUUCGUAUUCAUAUUUCAUUAUGCUCUUAAUUUUUUUUUUUGUAGUCUUACCAAUUAGUGGGCAAAGAAUAAAGGUAGGCUUCAGUACACACUAAAUGCACUAUAUAAAGUGAAGAAUUCAGAACAAAAUGUAUAACUAUUCUCCAAUUGCAUCACUGGCAUGAUUUUCAAAGUUUCUGAUUUUUUUGAAAAGUCAACAUGCAGAUAUAUCUUAACAUUUAAUCAAGUAUUUUAUUCAACAAACAAAUAUUAAUGAAAAAAUCGUUAAAAGCAAAUAAAAAAU